CAGUCUCUCGCUUGACUAUAUAAACAAACCAUGGCUCUAGUUUGCGCAAUUUGCAAUGAGGUGCCAGACCAGCCGGUGGUGUCGCCGCUGUCUGGUGCCGUGUUUGAACGCCGGUUACUAGAGAAAUACAUCGCCGAGAAUGGCACUGACCCGAUAACCAACAAGGAACUCACAGUUGACCAGCUUAUUGACUUGAAAGUGCCGGCCGUAGCCAAGCCUAAACCUCCCAGUGCCACCAGUAUCCCAGCUAUUCUGAAGGCAUUACAGGAUGAGUGGGAUGCUGUCAUGUUGCACUCCUUCACUCUCCGCCAACAGCUGCAGACCGCCCGCCAAGAGUUAAGCCACGCUCUGUACCAGCACGAUGCCGCCACUCGUGUCAUUGCUCGUCUCAACAAGGAAGUGACUGCAGCUCGAGAGGCCCUGGCCACACUCAAACCUCAAGCUGGUAUUGCCCCAGCCGCCCCUGCAGGACCAACCAUCGCAGCGACAGCAGAGGCAGGCGGCGCAGCAGAUGUACCCAGCGAGGGAGCAGGGCUGACGGAGGAGGUGGUGGCUCGCCUGCAGGACACUGCCACCAUCCUCACUCAGGAGCGAAAGAGACGCCGCACGGUGCCUGAGGGACUCACACCGGCCGAGCAGAUCAGAGGCUUCACUACUCUGGCCUCUCAUCCGGGUCUGCACAGUGCGUCAGUGCCCGGCAUCCUGGCCCUUGACGUGCACCAGAAGGACACCAGCAAGAUUGUGACAGGCGGGAGUGACAAGAACGCCACAGUUUUCAACAAGGACACAGAACAGGUUGUUGCUAUUCUGAAGGGCCAUACCAAGAAAGUGUCGUGUGUCGUGUAUCACCCCACUGAGGACACUGUCAUUACUGCCUCGCCGGACACACAGAUUCGUGUAUGGAAUGUUGGAACUUCCCAGACUCUGCAGCUGAUUCGUGCUCAUGAUGGCCCAGUCACCGGUCUGUCCCUUCAUGCUACUGGGGACUACUUGCUCUCUGCCUCUCGUGACCACAACUGGGCCUUCUCGGACAUUAGAACUGGCCGUGUGCUCUGUAAGGUUAGUGACACAUCAGCCAGCUCCCCCCUCACAGCAGCACAAUUCCACCCUGACGGUCUUAUUCUGGGCACUGGCACACAGGACGCCACCAUCAAGAUCUGGGACCUCAAAGAACGCUCAAAUGUCGCUAACUUCCCCGGUCAUAGUGGUGCCAUCAGCUCAAUCGCCUUCAGUGAGAACGGUUACUAUUUGGCCACUGCAGCUGAGGACUCCACUGUGAGGCUCUGGGAUUUGCGCAAACUCAAGAACUUCAGGACAAUUCAGCUGGACGAGGGAUAUGAAGUGAUGGACUUGAGCUUUGACCAGUCUGGCACAUACCUGGCAGUUGCUGGCACGGAUGUGAGAGUGUAUCUGUGCAAGCAGUGGAACGACCUGAGGGUGUUUAACGAUCACACUGCCAUGGCUACAGGUGUUCGAUUUGGCUCCAAUGCUUCCUACCUUGCCUCCACCUCCAUGGACCGAACCCUCAAGAUAUAUGGACCUUAGAGAGCCUUCCUCAUUACCUUUACUUUAGGACUCAUUACAGCUCAUUGGCUCAUUGUCUCCUUGUGUGGGAGUAUUAGCCAUAUUCAGAAACACUUUAUUCUCUCACUACAUGAGUUUCCCAAGGCCACAGAGAUGACUGGCAGGGUUUUCAGGACAGUUUCUCAUAAUGACAAACUAGAAAUCUUACCAAUCCAUCACCAUAGCCAUAGGAAUAGUCUUAAAAACAUGAGUAUCUUUAACUAGAGCCUUUGGAAAGCUGUGACGGUGAGAGAGCAAUGCGUUUCAGAGUACAGGUUCUGAGUGAUAAGAAACAUACCAUCUGAGUUUCCUAUGUCAAGGAAAUGGGGAAAUACAAACUGUCAUUCAAAAGUGUGUAAGAUAAAGGGAAUUUUUAGCCAGACAGUGAAGUGAUGGCAAGGAAAAUAUGAACUGCCACUUAGUAAUGCAAAGCUGUAAGAUAAAGUAAGAAUAUAGAAAGGGGGACAAUUUAUACUGCCACACAUCAGAGAUUUACUACUAAUUCUUGUCACUGGUUUCCUAUAGACACAUUUUAUUGCAUUGACUAGCUUUGUGUAGUGUUCCUUGCAGGUUUUAGUUGGGUGUUUUAACUGCAGCAUUCUUCAAGGUAAAAUGCUGGCUUGGUUUUCUGUUAUUUGCAGGAAGUAAUAUUUUUUUUCUUUCUUUUUUUCAGUCAGUGGGUAUUUUAUGAAGGGGAACUGUGUGUAUAUGUGUGUGUGUCUGAAUGUGUGUGUGUGUGUCUGUGAAUGUGUGUGUGUGUGUGUGUGUCUGUAGAGGAACCUUCCUUUUGUGACAAUGUUAGUUUUUAAGAGUUUAAGCUGUACACUGAUGUUUGUGAAGGUGGUGAGUUGAUAUGGUGAACUAAAUUUGCAGUAUAUGUGUGUGUGUGUGUGUGUAUUUACCAUGUAGUAUUCAGAAUUUGACUCAGAUUUGUACGUUUGCUGAUGUGUAUAUGUGUGUGGGCGUGUGUGUGUUUAUGUUUGUGUGCAUCACAUCACUUAUCCUCUACAGACAUACACAAAUUUUGAUGGUGUUAGUGUGUGUGUGUGUGUGUAUGGAGCAACAAACACAGCUCACACUCUGAUAAUUUCUCACAUAUCACAGUGACAUGAAAGAGAAUAAGUUGCAGGACAAAUCAGGCUUUCUUUUGUGUGUGUAUUAGACCACAACUCUUGCCAGGAUUUACUUGAAUGUAUAGAGUUACUUUGCCACAACUAUACUCCCAUUAAACAGUGUCAAAGAUCCAUUACGAGAAUUACAAGGUACAAAAUUGUGCUGAGUAUAGAUGUCAACACUUCUCACUAGUGGAGCCAGUGGAACCAGGGGUGUGUGAGGUGAUACAGGUGGUGAUGCUAAGUGUAGAGCUGUGGUGGUGUUGAGAGAAGUGUACAAGGUGUUCUAGGGUGUCCACUUAACCUGUGUAGUGUAGCAUUUAAGUAUUUUAGAAGCACUGGAAGAUCACUCACACCAGAGACACUUAAGCUGGGUUACUGAAGACUACACACAUAGAUAAGUAGAUAACACAGAUAGAUAGUUAGGAGUGAGUAGAUAAGUCAUCCCAGCACAGCCUAACCCAUCCUAAGUGUUGCUGAGUUGCUGGUCUUCUGUGUUCUAUAUUUUGUGUUGAUGCAGCAUUCAAAUGAUCCUAAAUGUAUUGAAUUAAAGUAAAAGUGUAAGUUA